AUGUUUGGUGCAGUUUGCUCCGGGCGUCCGAUCCAAUUGGCCCAGCAGGUGGAGCCUACCAAGUAUGUGCUCACGGUGGAGAACGCAGCCGCUAUAAACCACGUAGCGGUGUUCUUGCUUCCCCAGACCGAGUUUACCGAUCCCAACUUCACCGCCUUGGUGUAUUUCCAGCUUCCCAAAAGCAGCGAUUUCAAACUUCUCGGAGGCCUCAAUCCGGUGAAACCUUCGGCGAUCUUCAAGUUGAACAACACGAGUGGUCUGCUGACGUCCUACUUAGCUGACGAUGAUGCCAUGAACGACGAUGUGGCUGUUUCUGCCGACGCCACCAUCAACAUUGGCAUUUCCAUUGAGCCGACGCCGCAGGCAGAGCAGUUGUUGCUGGCGGAAAAGGAGAAAAGCGCUCUGGCGUUGGUUCCAUCCAAGAAAGCGGCUCCUAAAGCACCCCUGGACAUUGCCAAUUUGGCCAACAGAAUCGUCAAACACGCCUACAAUUACCUCAGUGGGUUUGUGGAUCCUGCUGGAAAGGUGCCCAUGAAGGCGUUCGACACGUGGUGGGACAAGUUCAAGACGAGGCUCCAGACGAACCCCAAUUUCCUUGAGGAGCUAGACUAG